CGUUUCAGAUUUAUGUUAGUAAGAUUGAAAUGGAAAUAAGUUUAUUACUAGUGGACUCAUUUGUCACUUUCCUUGAAACUGGUGAGCCCCAACAUUCAGACAGCAAUAGGAAAAUACUGCCAUUGUCUCUUAAGAAGUCUGACAUUUCAAGGCAAGAAUGAAUGUAUGGAAGAAGAAACUCGUUUCUUCUUUACUAACAAAAGGGAAAGCCUGGAAGUGAAUGGUAUGGGUGUAAGUUUAAAAAAAAAAAAAGGAAAGAAAAGAAAAGAAAAAACCUUUACGUAACUUUUUUUGCUGGGACAGAAGACUACGAAGCACAUUUUCCAGGAAGUGUGGGCUGCGACGAUUAUGCGCUCUUAACUACUCCUGAGUAAGGUGGCCACUUUGACAGUCUUCUCAUGCUGCUUCUGGCACCUUCUUGGUCAGAAGACAGCAUUUCAACUUGAACCCAGCAUGAUAGAAACAUACAGCCAACCUUCGCCCCGAUCCGUGGCUACUGGACUGCCCGCCAGCAUGAAGAUUUUUAUGUAUUUACUUACUGUUUUUCUUAUCACCCAGAUGAUUGGGUCAGUGCUUUUUGCUGUGUAUCUUCAUAGAAGAUUGGAUAAGGUAGAAGAGGAAGUAAGCCUUUAUGAAGAUUUUGUAUUCAUAAAGAAGCUACAGAAGUGCAACAAAGGAGAAGGACCCUUGCCCUUGUUGAACUGUGAGGAGAUAAGAAGGCAAUUUGAAGACCUUGUCAAGGAUAUAAAGCUAAACAAAGAAGAGAAAAAAGAAAACAGCUUUGAAAUGCAAAAAGGCGAUGAGGAUCCUCAAAUUGCAGCACAUGUUGUAAGUGAGGCCAACAGUAAAAAAGCAUCUGUUCUCCAGUGGGCGGAGAAAGGAUACUAUACCAUGAAAAGCAACUUGGUGACGCUCGAAAAUGGGAACCAGCUGACCGUUAAAAGACAAAGACUCUAUUAUGUCUACACCCAGGUCACCUUCUGUUCCAAUCGGGAAUCUUCGAGUCAAGGUCCAUUUAUAGUCAGCGUCUGUCUGAAAGCCAGCAGUGGAUCCGAGAGAAUCUUACUCAGGGCGGCAAAUACCCACAGUUCCUCCAAGCCUUGCGAGGAACAGUCCAUUCACUUGGGAGGAGUAUUUGAAUUACAAGCAGGUGCUUCUGUGUUUGUCAACGUGACUGAUGCGAGCCAAGUAAUCCAUAGAAUUGGCUUCACGUCUUUUGGCUUACUCAAACUCUGAAUAGUGUGCUGUCCUAGGCUGCAGCAGGGUUGAUGCUGGCAGUCUUCCCUAUACAGCAAAGCAGUUAGGACCCGCCCCCUGUUGAACUGCCUAUUUAUAACCCUAGGACCCUCCUCAUGGAGAACUAUUUAUUAUGUACCCCUAAGGCACAUAGAGCUGGAAUAAGAGAGUUGUUACAGGGCAGGCAAAAUCCUAACGGAUCCUGCUCCCUAAGAGCUGAUAAUAUGAAACCGCAACCCCACUGAUGCAGACAACCAGAAAGCCAUAACGCACAGAUGAUGGAGCGCUGAUGAAACAGCAGAUAAUUAAUCAAGCUCAGUUUUGUUGCUUUAUGAGUGUCUUUCGGCGGACAGUGCAUUUGAAUUACCAGGAAAGGUGCAGAAGGGCAACUGUGAGCCUUAGCUCACAAUCUGUAAUGGUUGACUUGGGGUCUCUGUGGCUCCAAUAGGCCAGUUUCUAAAGUCUCCCAGGGAGAACUGAGAAACUCUGCCUCAACUUUCCCUCCAAUACCCCAGUACUCAGGCUUUCAUCUCCCCAAUCUCCCCUCC